CCAGGCUGUUACCCAUAAUUCCGUGCUUUGUUUCCAGCUGCCUGUCUAAUGGCCUGUUUGGAGAGACAGACAGACAGUGGUGUGGGACUGCUGUGAGACACUUUUAUUCGCAUUCUCAUGACACACACAUGCUGAACAGUGAGCGAGAUAAAUAAAGAUGUGUUUUUGUUCUUGAAAUGCUUAUAACGCUGAUAGUUAAGCGAUGAUUGGGAGCCUUAUUUAUUAUGGGCUGUAUCCUCUAACCCAACUCUUCAUUAGGCUCUCAGAGUCUUGGUGGAAACGUCGUCCGGUGAUCAUUAAUGGUAAAGCGGUGUGUGAUGGUGGUGCAUAUUCUUGCAGAAGCCUUAAUGAGCAGCAAACUGCUUUGUUGGGUCAGUGGUGCAACGCUGGAUCGGACGCUUCAGAAACCCCUGCGAGAAACAUUCAGCGUGAAAGGAGAGAGACUGAGGGACUGGUGGAGAGCAGAUCUCUUCUGGAAGUCAGGGAGGUGGUAGUGGAGCAGAAGAGUGACAUGGACGAGGACAAAGAGAACAUUAAUUCAGCAGACUUGAUGGAUGCUAAUCCAGAAUCGGAGAUGGAAGGGGAGGCGGUCUGUGUAUCGGAAUGGACCAAAAUCCAGACCGCUGCUGAUGAGCGCAAAUGGAAGUCUAGUUCUAAGGAGGAAAGGCAGAGAUUUCAAGGGAUGGUGACCGAGACUGGAGGUGUCUGUCCGUUCAUGCCAGCAGGUGGGUUCUCGUGUCACUUAGGUUCUUGUAUAGCAGCGCCAUUCAGCACACUGAUGCGUCUUGGCUCUGAUAACCAUGACCUUCUUAAAAGCCCACAAGAAUCCCAAGCUUGCACUAACAGAAACGAAUCUUUCGAACCAGCAGCAGAUGGUGCUGAAGAGAGUGAGCUUGAUGGUUCUGAUGUCCCACUACAAUUGACUUCUGGGCUGUUUACUAGUCAGAAUGUGUAUGGCGAUGACUUGGGCACCACAGGAAGUGAUGCUCAGGUCAGUAAUGGCAGGCUUGCGUAUGACCCGAGUGGACUCCUGGUGGACAGCCAUGUACAGUCCUUAGCUAAUCACAUAUGGCUCCAGUCUAUGCCCACUGGUUGGCAUUUUCCAACGGGACUUGGACUGUCAGAUGUAGUGUAUCAUCCCUUGCAGAUCUCAGGCACAAGCUACUACCAUGGAUUUCAAGAAAAUACAAAUUUUGAAGUGAUGUGGAGGAUAUGGGAGGACCUUGGUAAAACUUCCAGUCCCUGUAGCUCUCUCCACACACCCUGUGUAGAUUCUGGGCUUAAGUUUGACUUCACAGUUAUGUCCUACAACAUCCUGGCCCAAGAUCUGCUCGAGGCUAACUCGGGGCUGUAUGCACACUGCUCGGAGGACGUGCUAGCAUGGGAGAACCGUUUACAGAACAUUCUCAAACAGCUGCAGACCUGGGAACCUGAUAUUAUUUGUCUUCAAGAGGUGCAAGAGAAUCACUUCCAAGAGCGGAUGUAUCCAUCCCUGAUUGAGAUGGGAUACGACUGUGUGUACAAAUGCCGCACAGGCACCAAAACGGACGGCUGCGUGGUGUGUUACAAAGCUAAUCGCUUUACAGCGCUGUCUGUACGCCUGCUUGAGUUCUAUCGUCACGACUGUGAACUGUUGGACAGGGACAACGUGGGCGUCGUGCUGCUCCUCCAGCCAACCACAGCGCCUGGUGAAGGCAGUAGGUUCCGGCCCAUCUGCGUAGCCAACACGCACCUGCUUUUCAACCCCAGGAGGGGAGAUGUGAAACUGGCCCAGCUGGCUAUAAUGCUGGCAGAGAUUGACAACAUAGUCAAGCAGUGUAAGGUCAAAGGGCAUGAGUGCGAGAUCAUUCUGUGUGGGGACUUCAACUCCUUACCCAACAUGCCACUGUAUCAGCUGAUCGUCAUGGGCCAGCUCUACUAUCACGGACUGCCAAACUGGAUGGUGUCUGGUCAGGAGGACUUGUCCUAUAAAACCCAUCACCGGCGGCUUUACGCACCUUUGUGGCCCAACAGCUUGGGUAUCAACGAUAACUGUCAGUACUAUGACGUCUGUGAGCCUCAAGGCAAAGAAUCAGGGAAAUUGCAGUAUAAUCAUGACUUCCUGCGGCAGCUGCGUUACUGCCCAGCAGCCUGUGAGCGGCCCCCUGACCUGGAGCUCAUACCAGGUGUCACCGACAACAGUCCAACUCCUGAAGAAACACAGCCAGUUCCUCCAAGGCAUUUCAGAAACACCAUAUGCCAUGGCUUUAACCUAAGCUCCGUGUACAGCCAAAACAUACCGGGCACUGACCGCUGUGUCGUCACCACUCUGCACUCGCAUGGAGCUGCCAUGGUCGAUUACAUCUUCUACUCCACAAGAAGAGGACACGCGUCGGGUUGUGAUGACACAGACAAGGGUCUGAAGUUGCUCGGACGUCUCGCUCUGCUGUCCGAAGCUGAGCUUUGGUCGCUGAACGGAAUCCCAAAUGAAAUCUUCCCAUCAGACCACCUCAGUCUGCUGGCCAAGUUUCAGCUCUGCUGAUUGUUCAGCGUUCCAGAAAGGCUGACACAUCCAGGAGGUGCAUACAUGACCCCAAGUUCAAGUUACCAAAGUUGCAUUUUGGACGUGGCCACAACACGGUGCACUUUGUUAUAAACCCAAGCACUGUCGUAACAACUUUGAGGCCUUAAUUAAGAAAUGUGUUUCUCAUUGUUCUAGCGACUUAACGUCAAAGACCAGUCGUAAAAGUUUUCUUCCCAUCAAAGGUUAUGUCCUAACUCUCUGAAAGUUCUCUCAUUUUAAACGGCUUCUUCCUUUUGACUGAAUUUCUAAAGGAUGUUUUAGGAUUAUGGGUUUUUUGUUUUUUUAAUAUCUGCUGUCUAAGACUGAUAAGGUUCUCAACACUUUGUGGUUUUAAAGCUUGACUUGUGUACACGAGGCAUUUUCUCAAAUAAUCAGCAUUGACACUGAGCCGAGCAGGCUUGUUGCCAAAGCAUUUUUAACAUGAAAAAUGCUGAAUGUACUUUUCGUUUUGUUUAUUUUGUCUGCUUUUGUUUUGAGCAGCUUCAUUUUCUUUCAGUGGAAGAAAACACAAAUGUCUUACGAAUAAAUAGUCUUGUUGUG